AUGGACGUAGCAAUUAUUCGAGAUAUCAGCCGAUGGACUGAUGGCCUCCUAAAAUCGAUUGGAAUCAAACCACUUCCACCAACACCAUCACCACCACCACCGCCUCCCGUGACACCUGUUUCAUUAACAGGCGUACUUCUAUCACCAACAGCGAAGAACUUUGUUCGCUGCGCUGGCUUGUCUGGUACUGUGGCGAUAUGUUUAGGUGUGUACGGAGCUCAUACAAUGAAGGACAGUACAUCUGAAGAACUUCGUCGCUUAUUUCAAUUGGCGCAAACUUAUCACCUGCUUCAUUCAGUUGCUUUACUUGGUUUACCAUUAGUCAGUCGCCCGGUGAUUACUGGUUCAUUAUUGAUCAGUGGUAUAACUUUAUUUUGUGGUCCUAUGUAUUAUCAUGCUAUUCAAAACGAUGCACGAUACCGUCGUAUUACCCCAUACGGUGGACUUCUUCUUCUAGCAGGAUGGUUGUCUAUUUUUAUACUUUAA